AUGCGGCCGGGCGGCGCGGCGCUGGCCGCGGGGCUGCUGGGGGCGGCGGCCGCGGGCGCGGCGAAGCUGGCGCUGGGGGCGCGGGCACUGCGCGGCGGGGAGGCGGCUGGAGGCUGGCUGCCAAUUCUACUUCGUGUGGGCUGUAUUGGCUUGGUGUGUGCCUGCAAUGCAGUCAUGUGGACAGUCUUUGCAAAAGCCCUGCGACUGUCCUCCUCCUCGGCCUCUGCUUCUGUGACCACAACAGCCUCCAACUUCAUCUCUUCGGCCAUCCUGGGCAAGCUUGUCUUUGGGGAGACGUGGACACCAUUGUGGUGGGUUGGCCUCACUGUGACGCUCUGUGGCCUCAUGCUGCUGCACACUGCUGCACCCCAGCCAACACUGCACAUGGUGGAGAAGAAGGGGUUGUGA